GUUAAAGUGUUAACAAGUAUGGAAGCAGCGGAAGGUGCAGAAGGAGAGACGGUGUGCGUGACUGGUGCAGCUGGGUUCAUAGGCUCAUGGCUAAUCAUGAGACUCCUCGAGCGUGGUUACGCGGUUCGAGCCACAGUCCGGGACCCUGGGAAUAUGAAGAAGGUGAAGACUUUGUUGGAUUUGCCGAACGCAAAGACAAAGCUGAGUUUGUGGAAGGCAGACCUCGAUGAUGAGGGAAGCUUUGAUGAAGCCAUUCAGGGCUGCACCGGUGUCUUUCAUGUUGCCACUCCCAUGGAUUUUGAGUCCAAAGACCCCGAGAAUGAAGUAAUAAAACCGACAAUAAAGGGAGUGUUAGGGAUCAUGAAAGCAUGCUUGAAGGCAAAAACUGUACGACGAUUAGUCUUUACAUCAUCUGCCGGAACUGUUAGCAUGCGAGAGCAGAAACAGACUGUCUACGACGAAACUUGCUGGACUGACAUUCAUUUCUGCCGCGCCAAAAUGAUGACUGGAUGGAUGUACUUUGUAUCGAAGACGCUGGCAGAGCAAGAAGCAUGGAAAUUUGCCGAGGAUAACAAUCUUGAUUUCAUCAGUAUCAUACCCACUUUAGUAGUCGGUUCAUUUCUUAUACCCUCGAUGCCUCCUAGCCUCAUUACUGCACUUUCUCCUGUCACUAGAAAUGAAGCUCAUUAUUCGAUUAUGAGGCAAUGUCAGUUUGUGCACUUGGAUGAUCUAUGCAAUGCUCAUAUAUACUUGUAUGAGAAUCCAAAGGCUGAGGGCCGGUACAUUUGCUCUUCUCAUGAAGCCACCAUUCUUGAGGUUGCAAAAUUCCUACAACAAAAAUACCCAGACUACAAUGUUCCUACCAAGUUUGAUGGUGUUGACGAGAAGUUGGAGAAUGUCGUGUUCUCGUCCAAGAAGCUCAGAGAUUUAGGGUUCGAGUUCAAGUACAACUUAGAGGAUAUGUAUGUGGAGGCUAUUGAAACAUGUCGCAAAAAGGGUUUGCUUCCUGGUUAA